AGAAAGGCCCCGUUUGGAUAUCAGCGACUUAGGCCAAAUCGCCAUUUAUUUACAAAGAGAAACCGCUGCAUUUUGCAGCGUUUUGGCUGAAACGGCCAAGAAACAAACGUAUUAAUAGUACUGCAGUAAAUGUAUCAUUGUCCUGUCAUCUUCUAUUCUUCUUCCAUGAUAUAGUCUAACUUAUGUUUGGUACCACAGUGCAUAGCUAGCCACCCGCAGACAAGGAUGGAAUUUGUCAAAGCAAAAAUAACAUUUUAUCUCCACCCGUUUCUGGGAAUAACUGCAAAUGGGAAUAAGCCUUUGGAGUGGUUGCGGCUUACAAGUCUGGGUGUAUUUGGUGCCUUAGUCAAGGGUGAGGGUCUAGAAGGAAAACUAAUUGUCCAUUUUCUCCUGAAGUCUGAAUUUUUUCCUAUGUGCCUCCGUUGCAUGGAACUUGGUGAUGAGCUCACUCAGACGGUUUCAGCCUGGGUGAUACUGAAGAUAGUGAUGGAAGAGGAGGGGUUGAAGUACUGCACUGCAUAUGGGGCACGGUUCUUCGCAUUGGUUCGUGUACUGGGAAGUGCGGUAGACAGACUCCCUGAGAGGCAGCCGUGUUUACGCUUACUAAGACUCCUUAUUCGCUGUUACCUUGGGCUCUGCGAAGCUCCGAGGGCAAUGGAUGCUUUUAAGAACUGUAUUCCUGCAAGAAUGACCCAAGAAAAAUUCAUCAACUUUCUUCGUGAAGAUCCACAGUGUGCAAGGAUGCUGCAACAACUGUUUCUCAAUGUCACUACCCACCAGAUCGAAUAGAAUAAAGAAAGACGAAUGAAGUAUUUAGAUGUAUGCCUGUAUACUCAAUAAUGUAUGUUUUCUUAUGUAUGUUUUUAUUGUUAUGGAGGUUUUUAUCAUUCAGGAUAUUAUAACGUGCAUACUGUUUCAGCUAAUGGAUUUAUGGUGUAGAUGUAGCAUGUUUUAUAUAACUGAUUACAAUAACGUGUGAAUCCCUAAAAGAUAAAUUAA